GAAUUCACCGGCGAGCUCGACGAAGAGGGCUUCUCCGUCACCGAGUGCCUGGGUGGGAGUAUGGGCCUGCGGGAGGAGCAGCUGAGCUUGCGGUACCAGACGUUCUGCGACCCGCGGCUGAACUUCGAGCAGAGUCUCGAUCUCGCAUUCGUGGUGUCGGACUACCUGCGGAAGGCGCGCUGCGGGGGGAGGAAGGGG